AGGGUCCGCCGCGGGUGCUCCUGCGCGGGGUAGCCCUGCUCGUGUGACUGCUCCCUGCACGGCGGUCACCCCUGCGUCGGACACCGCACCCCCUGUGCUGGAACUCGACGUUCGUGCUCCUCUGCCCAAAGCCGGUUUCUCCUCCUCCUAUCCCACCUCUCUAGAGCUUCAGUGACCGGGCUGGGAGAGAUGCAUGCAGUUAGGAGCUCGGCGGGGACCACCGUCGCGAGUUCAUCGGUGGCGCUCUGUGGCCGGCGUGCUGUGGGUCAAUACCGCGAAUGCCCCCUCAACCGUCCCAUACCAGUGUUGGGGCCUGGGCGUGUUGGCCAGGGAGUUUCUUGGGCGCACCUGGAACUGCACCGUGGCGACCGCGGGCGUGAAGGUGUGGACAUCGUGGAGGAAUUUCUCACUGGUGCUGCGGGUCCGCGCAUCGCCGCGUGCCAUCAUCACCACGCCCGGAUUUUUGCGCGAAGGCACGUGUCAUCUGAAAAGCAAGUUGAUACCUGGAGUCUCAAGUGCCAGGUCAAGAACUGGUAUCACUGGAGGAGGCGCAUGGUGGAUGUGCGCUGUGUUCGUGUGAGGUCUAGGUCAUCGUCUCCCAGUCGACUUUCUGGCGCCAAGGAUGGAUUUUAGAUCCUGUUAUAUUUGUCUUUUAUUUUGUAGGACUUCCGCUAUGUAAUAAAUACUCUGAUUAUGUUUUUGACAUUUAUCUCUAUACACUCUGUUAUUA